GUAAUCGUGUUCUAAUUCCCGCAAUUGUUGAUUUGAAACUUCAUAGUACAAACACAGAGCCUUGUAUGCUCAGAUAAUAACAAGCCGUCGAUUCGCUCGCAACGACGUUGCUUCUCUCGUACACGGAUCAUUACAAAACAGUGACAAUGUUUUAGAGUGUAAUAUGUUUUCAAAAAAGGAAAAUUUAAAUAUGUUUUCUUGUAAUGGAAAUACGCCUCAGGAAAAGGACGUGAAAGUACGAGAUAAGGAUAGCUUCACCAAAGCUUACAAUGUUGGCCCUACUCUGGGGAGCGGAGGGUUCGGCACAGUGUACGCUGGAACACGGAAACGAGACAAUAUGCCAGUCGCUAUAAAAUUGAUAGCAAGAGAAAAAGUCAUCGAAUGGGGAUCCAUCAACGGACAUCAAGUUCCUCUGGAAAUAUGUCUACUGAAAAAGGUGUCUAUGUGUAAUGGAGUUAUAAAAAUGUUUGAGUGGUACGAAAUGAAAAACUAUUUUGUGAUAGUGAUGGAAAAGCCUGAGCAUGUACAGGACUUAUUUGACUUCAUCACGGAGAAAGGUGCAUUAGACGAGGAAACUAGCAGAAAAUUUUUCCGACAAAUUGUAGAGACAUUAAUCGCCAUUCAUAAAAACGGAGUAGUUCACAGAGACAUUAAGGAUGAGAAUAUUUUAAUCGACUUGAAAACUGGAGAACUGAAAUUAAUUGACUUCGGCUCUGGGGCUUUUUUAAGAGACACAGUGUAUUUAACUUUUGAUGGAACAAGAGUGUAUAGUCCACCAGAAUGGAUUAAGUUUCAUCGGUACCAUGGUCGUUCUGCGACGGUCUGGUCUCUGGGUAUUCUCUUGUUUGACAUGGUGUGUGGAGACAUCCCUUUUGAACAGGAUGAGCAGAUCAUGAAAGCUGAAGUUUGCUUCAGGGGCAGGCUUUCACAUGAAGCAAAAGAUUUGAUAAGGAAGUGUCUAUCCAUCCGUCCAUCGGAUCGCCCUAGUUUAGAGGACAUCCUCAGUCACCCCUGGAUGGCCCCCACCCAGUUGUCUGUGGAUAAGCUUGUCAUUCGUACCCCCUCCAAUAACAACAUGUCUUCAACAGGCUCUAUGGAUGGGGAGAGUAUGAGCAGCCAAGAAAGCAUAUGACGCUAGCAGGAACUUUUAGGCCCCCAGUAGUGUUCAAAUUAUUUAUUGUUGAGAGACAGUGAAAUAAACUUCAACGAACCAAUGAUAGUGUUCAAACACACGAACCAAUGAUAGUGUUCAAACACUGCAUAUUCCGUAUCUCAGGGAAAUUUUCUUGUCAGAUGGAUACUACUGUACCGAAAAAUUUCUCCCCGGGAAAAACAGAAGAAGGAUUUCUCAAAGAAACUUUCUUUUUUAAAAAAUGUGAUUGGAAAGAAAAACUGGAUGCCAAAGAAUUUCAGAUGAAAGAAAGACAAUUGAAACAAAAAGACUUUUUUUUAAUGAUAACCUCAAAGGUCAAAAAAAAAGAAUGUCUAUUCAAUUGAUUCUGAAAUAUGCAAAACAAAAUGCUCAAAUUAUGUAUUCAUUUGAAAGGAAAAAUUUUUUUUGUAAGAAAUUGCAAAAACUAAACAAGGUGCAAGUUCUGGAUAUGAAUUUCGCCAAAUACUGCCAUUCCAAUGCAGGAGAGGGUACUCUGCAUUGCUGAACAAUUUUCCCCUUUUUUGAAAGCAUUUUCAAAAAAUGUUUACACAUCAGUUUGGUGCUAUCAAUCGUCUAGCAGCAUACUAUUUUUAAUGUAUGCAUAUUUCAAGUUAAAAUCUGACAAGGUGCUCUUGGCUUUUUUAUAGGCCAGACGCGCUAUAUUGAAAUAUGCUCUAUCUCUCGACGUUUUGGUUUUUUGUUCCAAGAAACCAAGAAAAAUAACAAAUACUCUUACCAUUAAAAUAUUCUUAAAAUAGAUUAAAUCACCUGACACAAUUCUGCCCUUUUUACUUCGCCCCGAUAAUUUUUUUUUUUUUUCCCAUUAUUUUUUUUCCAUUCAUUGUUCAGAAAUGCAGAUUCUCCAUACAAAUCAUCAACACCGCAUACACCUCGUUAUUUUCCGAUUCAAGUCGGAAUGGAUACUGUAUCGGAAAGUUUCUUUUUCAUUUGUAAAUAGCCAUUUUUAAUUUAUUGUAUAAAUGCGCGGAAGAAUUUUUUUUUUAUAUGGGAGUUGUUGUAAAUGCUGAGUUGUGUAAAGACAUGAAAUGUCGAGUGUGUUUGAGCGGGAGUUAAUUUAUUGAUGGUCAAUAAACCUGUACUAUUGCAUCAUUGUAUAUAACUUAUUUUUUUAUGAAUGAUAAAUAAAUGGAAAAAAUCCUUGGUUUAAAAAAUAAUAAAAUAAAAUUUGAAUUUUAAAAUUA